CCCACCCUCCCCCUCUCCUCCUCCCGCCGUAGCGAGCGAGCGAGAUGGCGGCCGCCGGGGCUCUGGCGAAGCACGAGCAGAUCCUGGUGCUCGAUCCGCCCACCGACCUCAAAUUCAAAGGUCCCUUUACAGAUGUAGUAACCACAAAUCUCAAGCUACGAAAUCCAUCAGAUAGGAAAGUAUGCUUCAAAGUGAAGACCACAGCGCCUCGUCGAUACUGUGUGAGGCCAAAUAGUGGAAUUAUUGACCCAGGAUCGUCUGUAACUGUUUCAGUAAUGCUGCAGCCUUUUGACUACGACCCAAAUGAGAAGAGUAAACACAAGUUUAUGGUACAAACAAUCUAUGCACCACCAAAUAUUUCAGAUAUGGAAGCAGUGUGGAAAGAAGCAAAACCCGAUGAGUUAAUGGACUCCAAAUUGAGAUGUGUGUUUGAAAUGCCCAAUGAAAAUGAUAAACUGAAUGAUAUAGAUGCAAGCAAACCCGCUCCGGUACAGAAUACAUCUAAGCAGGAUGGACCGAUGCCAAAACCACAUAGUGUUUCACUUAAUGAUACUGAAACGAGGAAGCUAGUGGAAGAAUGCAAAAGACUUCAGACAGAGGUUAUGAAGCUGUCAGAAGAAAAUCGGCACCUGAGAGAUGAAGGCUUGAGGCUCAGAAAGGUAGCACACUCGGAUAAAUCUGGAUCACCCACAGCUUUGGCCCUCAGAGAUAAUGGCUCUAAUUCUCUUCCAUCACUUCUUGUUGUAAUUGCAGCCAUUUUCAUUGGAUUCUUUCUAGGGAAAUUCAUCUUGUAGAAAGGAUGAAUGAGAGAAGCAUGCAAAAUGCAGCUUCUGUUUUUUUGUUUUGUUUUGUUUUGUUUUUCUUGGCCAGAAAAAGAUUUGUUUACCUACCAUUUCAUUGGUAGUAUGGCCCAAGUGACCAUUUUGUGUACAGCAUCAUAACAGGCUUUGCCUUCAAUGAUCUCGCACGGUUAGAAAACACAAUCUAAAAAGACAACUGUUCGGCUACCGGACAAAAUUGUACAUUAAGUCAUAAAUAGCAGGUGUCAGUUGCACAGUCAGUCCUUUAUGGAAAUUCAUAAAUAAAGAAUUGUUCUUUCUGUGGUUUUAAUAAGAGUUCAGAGAUUGUUCAGAGUCUUGUAAAUGUUAUUUUAAUAAUCCUUUAAAAUUUUAUCUGUUGCUGUUACCUCUUGAAAAAUGAUCUAUUAGAUUGCUAAUCCCACUCAUUCAGGAAUAUGACAAGAGGUAUUCUGGGGGAAAUGGUGCCUCUUACUGUGUAAAUUUUCUCCUUACCUUACUUUGCUAAUAUCAUGCAGAAUUUCUUUCUUAUCCCUUGUGAGGCAUUGUUGAGAGUUCUUCAUCCUUACAAUCCUGUCCCAUAAUAUUUAACAUUACAAAAGAAAUAAAAUUGUUAACAGAU